AGCUCCGGGUGGGAGGAGUAGCGCUCGGAUUUACCCACCGUCUCGGCUGUCUCUUUAAAUGCUGGGGUCUGCGCGCUGGAGAAGGGGAGGGAUCGGCUCCGGAGUGCGUGAAAUUCCUGGGCUUCUCUGACAGUCUCGGGCAGAAAGCUCUGCUUUACGCAGCUCUUCUCGCGCGCAACUCAUCCCGCUGAGGGAGAGGCGCGCCGACCUUUUUUUUUUUUCCCCCUGGCGCGCGUUUUCUCGCCAGCUCUGCCUCUGCUCUCCCAAGUCGUUCGCGGGACUCGCGUCGGGCAGCACCUUCGCCUUCCCUCAUGCCGCUCCCGUAGAGCCAGCCUGGAUUCUUACAACCCUGAGAAGGAGCCAAACCCAAGAGUUGAUUCCGGUACCUAUAGCUCUCUCCUCAACUCCAAGAUGGUUCAUCAUGACCUGGCUGAUUAAUCAAGAUGGUUCUGCUGCUGCUCAAGCAAAUUAAAGAUCCAAUUGCCAACAAGUGAGGAAUUGGGGACAGGGUCAUCUUCUGGACACAAUGCAGAUAGACUUCAACAUUUCUAUCCAUGGAGUCUCUGACUGGAUGAGGUUGCUGCUAUCCAUGUUUUGGUGCCAUCACCACUUUUAAGAAGCUGUAGUUUGAAGGCUGUCUACUGCUUCUACUUUUCACUGGAAGUAUCUAAGGUCAUACCAUAAGUGGAAAUCCAACCCUUACAAAAUUGCUUCCCCUGGAAAAUCUUCACAAUAUUUUCUUUCCUUCUCAGAUAAAGGUCUCUGUAUUCUUAGGGACAGGAGAAAAUAAGCACUACUAUCAAAAAUGGACUUUUCACUCCACUCUGCCUCUUUCACCUUGAAGGUGACCUUAUUGUUGGGAUCCUUUCUCAGCCUCUGUCUUGGCCUUGAGUUUAUGGGCCUUCCAAAUCAGUGGGCUCGUUAUCUCCGCUGGGAUGCAAGCACAAGAAGUGACCUAAGCUUCCAACUGAAGACAAACAUCUCAGCUGGGCUCCUUCUCUACUUUGAUGAUGGUGGUGUCUGCGACUUUCUCUGUUUAUCCCUGAUGGAUGGACGCAUUCAGCUGCAGUUCAGUGUAGACUGUGCUGAGGCUACAAUUGUUACAGAAAAGCAGGUCAAUGACAGCAAUUUACAUUUUUUGAUGGUUAGUCGCAACCAUCUCCGGACAGUUCUGGUUCUUGAUGGUGAAGCCAAACCUGGUGAGGUGCGUCCACAACGUCAGUAUAUGAAUAUUGUUAGUGACCUCUUUUUGGGAGGUGUCCCAUCAGAUAUCCGUCCUGCAGCCUUAACCCUUGAGAGUGUCCUGGGUGAGCCACCAUUUAAAGGAUUUAUCAUGGACCUGAAAUACGGCAAUUCAGAACCUCAGCUUCUGGGACACCGAGGAGUCCGCCUGGACAUGGAAGGGUUGUGUACAGAGAAUCCUUGUGAAAAUGGUGGAACUUGCUUUCUUCUGGAUGGUGAACCACAGUGUGAUUGCUCAGCCACUGGAUACGUUGGGAAACUCUGUUCUGAAGAUGCCAGUCAUGUUCCAGGCCUUUCACAUCUGAUGAUGAGCGAACAAGCAAGAGACGAGAAUGUAGCCACUUUCCGUGGCUCCGAAUACCUGUGCUAUGACCUGUCCCAGAACCCCAUUCAAAGCAGCAGUGAUGAAAUCACACUGUCCUUCAAGACAUGGCAGCGCAACGGCCUAAUCCUGCACACGGGCAAGUCGGCUGAUUAUGUCAACCUGGCUCUGAAAGAUGGCGCCGUCUCACUGAUCAUUAACUUGGGAUCUGGAGCCUUUGAAGCCAUUGUGGAGCCAGUCAGUGGCAAAUUUAAUGACAACCAAUGGCACAACGUAAAAGUGACUCGCAACCUGCGGCAGCACUCAGGCAUUGGACACGCUAUGGUGACAAUCUCUGUGGAUGGAAUCCUCACCACUACUGGCUACACACAAGAGGAUUAUACUAUGCUUGGCUCAGAUGACUUCUUCUAUGUCGGUGGAAGUCCCAGUACAGCUGAUUUACCUGGAUCUCCUAUCAGCAAUAACUUCAUGGGUUGUCUGAAGGAGGUUGUUUAUAAGAAUAAUGAUAUUCGUCUGGAGUUAUCUCGUUUGGCAAGGAUUGGCGACACAAAAAUGAAAAUCUACGGGGAGGUGAAAUUUACAUGUGAGAAUGUGGCCACAUUGGAUCCAAUCAAUUUUGAAAAUCCCGAGGCCUACAUUAGUCUGCCUAAGUGGAACACCAAGCGAAUGGGAUCUAUCUCUUUUGACUUCCGCACUACAGAGCCCAAUGGCCUUAUUCUUUUCACUCAUGGUAAACCCCAGGAGAGGAAGGAUUCCAGAAGCCAAAAGAACACCAAAGUGGAUUUCUUUGCAGUAGAACUCCUGGAUGGAAAUCUCUACCUUCUUCUUGAUAUGGGCUCUGGAACUGUCAAAGUAAAGGCAACUCAGAGGAAAGCCAAUGACGGAGAAUGGUAUCAUGUUGAUAUACAGAGAGAUGGUAGAUCAGGUACCAUUUCAGUGAACAGCAGACGGACACCUUUCACUGCAAGUGGAGAGAGUGAGAUCUUGGAUCUGGAAGGAGACAUGUACCUGGGAGGACUGCCUGAAAAUCGGGCUGGCCUUGUCCUUCCUACUGAGCUGUGGACAGCUAUGUUGAACUAUGGUUAUGUGGGCUGUAUCCGAGACCUCUUCAUUGAUGGCCGGAGCAAGAACAUCCGGCAGCUGGCCGAGCAGCAGAAUGCAGCUGGUGUCAAGUCUUCCUGCAUUAAGGUCAACACCAAACAAUGUGAUAGUUAUCCCUGUAAAAACAAUGCUGUCUGCAAGGAUGGCUGGAACCGCUUCAUUUGCGACUGCACAGGCACUGGCUACUGGGGAAGAACAUGUGAACGGGAGGCCUCCGUCCUGAGUUACGAUGGCAGCAUGUAUAUGAAAAUUGUUAUGCCUAUGGUCAUGCAUACAGAGGCUGAGGAUGUGUCCUUCCGCUUCAUGUCCCAGCGUGCCUAUGGUCUGCUGAUGGCCACAACAUCACGUGAUUCAGCCGAUACACUACGGCUUGAAUUAGAUGGAAGCCGGGUCAAACUCAUGGUCAAUCUAGACUGUAUCAGGAUAAACUGUAACGCCAGUAAAGGACCAGAAACCCUUUAUGCUGGGCAAAAACUCAAUGAUAAUGAGUGGCACACAGUCCGAGUGGUACGCCGAGGAAAGAGUCUCAAACUUACAGUUGAUGAUGAUGUUGCCGAAGGUACAAUGGUUGGUGACCACACUCGCUUGGAGUUCCACAACAUUGAGACUGGGAUAAUGACAGAGAAGCGUUACAUUUCUGUCAUUCCUUCCAGCUUCAUUGGCCACCUUCAGAGCCUCAUGUUCAAUGGCCUUCUCUACAUUGACUUAUGCAAGAAUGGAGACAUUGACUAUUGUGAAUUGAAAGCCCGCUUUGGGCUCCGUAACAUCAUUGCUGAUCCUGUUACCUUCAAGACCAAGAGCAGCUACCUGAGCCUAGCGACCUUGCAGGCCUAUACCUCCAUGCAUCUCUUCUUCCAGUUCAAGACAACUUCUGCCGAUGGUUUCAUCCUUUUCAACAGUGGGGAUGGAAAUGAUUUCAUUGCAGUUGAGCUGGUCAAGGGGUAUAUACAUUAUGUGUUUGACCUUGGAAAUGGACCUAAUGUUAUCAAGGGCAAUAGUGAUCGCCCAUUGAAUGACAAUCAGUGGCACAAUGUAGUUAUCACCAGAGACAACAGCAACACCCAUAGCCUAAAAGUGGAUACCAGGGUUGUUACUCAGGUCAUCAAUGGUGCCAAAAACCUUGACCUUAAGGGUGACCUGUACAUUGCUGGACUAGCUCAAGGAAUGUAUAGCAAUCUCCCAAAGCUGGUAGCAUCCAGAGAUGGAUUUCAGGGCUGUCUAGCAUCGGUGGACUUGAAUGGGCGUUUACCAGAUCUCAUUAAUGAUGCUCUGCACCGCAGUGGGCAGAUUGAGCGGGGAUGUGAAGUUGAGUUGACCAAAGCUGACCUGCAAGGACCAAGCACCACCUGUCAAGAAGAUUCCUGCGCCAACCAAGGCAUCUGUAUUCAGCAGUGGGAAGGCUUUACUUGCGAUUGUUCCAUGACAUCAUAUUCUGGAAAUCAGUGCAAUGAUCCUGGGGCCACAUAUAUCUUUGGGAAAAGUGGAGGCCUCAUCCUGUAUACUUGGCCAGCAAAUGACAGACCCAGUACAAGGACAGACCGCUUAGCUGUUGGGUUCAGCACAACAGUAAAAGAUGGCAUCUUGGUACGGAUUGACAGCGCCCCUGGCCUUACUGACUUUUUACAACUUCAUAUAGAACAAGGCAAAAUUGGUGUAGUCUUCAAUAUUGGCACAGUAGAUAUCUCUAUCAAAGAAGAGAGCACUCCUGUGAAUGAUGGCAAAUACCAUGUUGUGCGUUUUACCCGAAACGGUGGUAAUGCAACACUUCAGGUAGAUGGAUGGCCAGUAAAUGAACAUUACCCUUCAGGAAACACUGAUACUGCGUUCCAAUUGGUAAAACAGAAAAUCCCCUUCAAAUAUAACCGACCCGUAGAGGAAUGGCUGCAGGAAAAAGAUGAUGCAACACCGCAUCACCACUUGACUUCGAGACCAGCCACGACGACCAAAAUUGGACGACAGUUAACGAUCUUCAACACCCAGGCUCAAAUAGCCAUUGGAGGAAAAGAUAGAGGGCGUCUCUUCCAAGGUCAGCUUUCCGGUCUCUAUUACAAUGGCUUGAAAGUGCUGAACAUGGCAGCAGAAAACAACCCCAACAUCAAAAUCAAUGGAAGUGUUCGGCUGGUUGGUGAAGUGCCAUCUAUUCUGGGGACAGCUCCCACAACCUCUAUGCCACCAGAGAUGUCCACCACUGUCAUGGAAACUACCACGACUAUGGCCACUACUACAACACGAAAAAAUCGCUCCACACCUACCAUUCAGACAACAGAUGACCUCGUUUCUUCAGCAGAAUGUUCUAACGAUGAUGAAGAUUUCAUUGAAUGCGAGCAGAGUGUAGGUAAGCCAGGAGGUGAAUUAGUUAUCCCUCUUCUUGUAGAAGACCCUUUAGAUAUCCCUCCUAUUACUACUCGUGCACCUUUCAUUACACUCCCCACUACCUUCCGUCCCCUCCUCACCAUUAUUGAGACCACCAAAGAUUCCCUGUCCAUGACCUCUGAGGCGGGGUUACCUUGCUUGUCGGACCAAGGCAGCGAUGGUUGUGAUGAUGAUGGCUUGGUGAUAUCUGGGUAUGGCUCAGGGGAAACUUUUGACUCUAACCUACCCCCUACUGAUGAUGAAGAUUUUUACACCACCUUCUCCUUGGUAACAGAUAAAAGUCUUUCCACUUCAAUCUUCGAAGGUGGCUACAAAGCACACGCACCCAAGUGGGAAGCCAAGGACUUUAGACCUAACAAAGUCUCCGAAACUGGUAGGACUACUAUCACAGCUUUGUCCCCUGAGCUGAUCCGCUCCACAGCUUCGUCCUCGACUGGGAUGGUGCCCAAAUUGCCAGCUGGCAACAUGAAUAACCGUGACCUCAAACCCCAGCCUGAUAUAGUCUUGCUUCCGUUGCCCACUGCCUAUGAGCUAGACAGCACAAAACUGAAGAGCCCGCUAAUAACUUCCCCCAUGUUCCGUAAUGUGCCCACAGCAAACCCCACGGAGCCAGGAAUCAGACGGGUUCCGGGGGCCUCAGAGGUGGUCCGUGAGUCGAGCAGCACAACGGGAAUGGUCGUCGGCAUUGUAGCUGCUGCUGCCCUCUGCAUCCUGAUCCUCCUGUAUGCCAUGUACAAGUACAGGAACAGGGACGAAGGGUCCUAUCAGGUGGAUGAGACGCGUAACUACAUCAGCAACUCAGCCCAGAGCAAUGGCACGCUCAUGAAGGAGAAGCAGCAGAGUUCAAAGAGCGGCCACAAGAAACAGAAAAACAAGGACAAAGAAUAUUAUGUUUAAAAACAAAAAAAUAUAUUUAUAUAUAAAUAUAUAAAUAUUGAAUGAGCUAUAACUGAACCAAAACUGUUGCAGCCAACGAGAUUGGGAGAAACCGUCUGCGGUUUAAAACCAAUGUUGAGCAUAAACAUUUCAGUCGUUGACUGCUAAGUUUUCAAAUCACUGCUUGGAGUCCCCAAACUCUGCCCUCCUGUAUUAUAAAGCACAUAUAGUGUUCAGAAGAAGGCCUCCCCAGCAUAUCCAUGUUGGCAGACUUAAAAGCCUUCCGAGUUCCUCCUCAGCUGAACUGUUCUGCAAGGGCAGAAGACUUCACGGCUUACUUGUUUCGUAUCGCCAAGUGAGUCUUUAAUGAUGUUCACAAUCUUUGACUGUACUCUAUUUUUUUUCAGUUUAUUAUUUUAAAAAAUAACAAAAAAAAACAGAAAAAGAAAAAAAGUGGAAAUGUUAGAAACAAAACAGAACAACUGAUCUGGCCAUGUCCAGCCUGAGUAUCAUUUUUCAAGAUGUGAGGGGGAAAGAAAUAGUAAUACUAAUAAUAAAAAAUGGUUUGGGGUUUUCAUUAUAUUUUUUGUCUGAGUUUUUUUCAUUUUCUGUGAGAGGUUUUGGGAGAAUGAGCCAGGACAUAAGUCAAGAAGAAAUCUUGGGGAAAAUAUACUAAAUAAAGACUGUUGCCAUAUAUGAACUCAAGUUCUAUCCACAGUGUUUGCUCUACAUAUCAGGUUGUGUUGUCUCUUGAAUCUGUUGUCUGCAGUAAGUUGUUAACAUAAAAAAGAAAGGUGAGGAAGAGGCAGUGAUGGUGAUCAUGCCGAAAAUGAUGGUCAUGGGAAAUUGAACAAUCCCAGAUACUGGCUCUAGUUAUUUGUAAGCAAAGUCAUAAGAGGAUAACAGUUUCUUCUUUGACUAGAAACCCCUAGCCAUGACUGACUACCAUUUGCUCAACUAUGGGGAAAAAAUAACAACAUCAAAAUCAAACCAAAAGUAAUUAUUUCCAAUUGAAUAGUCCAAGCAUAAAUAAGGGAGCCAUUGUCUGGUUCUUUGGCUGAGGACAUUGUAUGAAUGCAAAGAGUAGUGAUCAACUGAAUAAAGUCUUUAGAAAGAUUAUGGAGUUUGUCUUGUGACAAAAACACAUGUCACACAAGCCAAAAAAUGUCACGGAGGAAUUCAAAAUAGGGACUGUGCUUUAAAAACAAAACAGAACCAUGAUGGUAUGUUUCAUAUGUAACAAUUUAAUUUUGUAGAUUGACAUUUUUGAUUCGCUGUCCUUCCAUUUGCCCUAUGCUCCCUAUCCCUUGACUUUUAUAUGAAAGAAGAUAAAUUUAAAAAGUCCUUAUGACACACAGAAAAAAUAAAGGAGCUUAUUAAUAGUAUAAUAUAUAUAUAAAUAAAUAAAUAUAAAUAUAUAUAUAUAUAUACAGACACAGAUAUAUUUAUCAUGGUAUGUUUGAUGGGAUGACUGGAACUGAAAUGCUGUUAAAAUCUUAAUAUGAAAUGAGACUGUUGUAAAGAAAAAAUGUUUUUACAAAACAGCAAAAAUCUAAAUUUUAAAAAUGUGAACAGAGUGUGCAUUUUAACCUUGUCACAGUUACCUGUGUCAAAAAGAAAAACAAUUUUCAGAUAAGAAUAAUUUUUUGUUUACAUAUUUUACUACAAUUUUUUUUUUUGGCUGGUGUAAUUUCUAGAUGGGUACCCUAAUGUACAUAAAAUGCUCUGAGAUUUCAUUGAGUUGUUGAUUAUAUUCAGUGUACUUAAUUGUUGGAUUGUUUCUUUUUCUUUCUUUUUUUUUAAUCUCUUCCAUUUUUUUUAAAGAGCAACUUACUGUACAGUAAAAAUAAUCAACUGGUGUUUUCUGGCCACAAAUAUCAUGUGCAAAAAAUAACAAUAAUAAAUAAAAUCAAACAAGGAAGACAGCGAGAUUGAUAGAAACAGGGAAAACAUAAAACUUAGAGGACUCUGGCAAAUUAAAAAAAAUGUACAAUUUUCCUGUGUACAGAUGAAAUCUAAUCAGCUGUUUAGGUUUAGAAAUCUACUCUUGCUGGUGUUUAUAAGUCGCAUGAAUCUUUGAAGACGUGUUAUCUAAUGCACACACGCACAUGGGAACAAUAAAAAGAAGGCAGCCUUCUCAUAUGCUUUGAGAAGAGGCUUACCUGGCUAACAAAUCUUUUUGGUGUGUGUGAGGUUUGUUUUGUUUUCUUUGGUUUAAUUUUUAAUUUUUUUACACUACAACAGAGUAAGAAAGAAAGAAAGAGAGAGAGAAAGACUGGUUUUUAAAAGGUGAAAGAAUGACUUUCAACAGCCUCACUGGCCAAACAUAUAUGGAGUUGAUUAUAUCUUGAUGUCUGUAAAAGAUUGCUGCUGUUCUUGGAGUCUUGUGAAAUGAUUUUCUGCUUUUUUCUUUUUCUUUAGGAAAACCCACUUUUCUUUUCUUCUCUCUGUUUGUUUGGGACAGAUUUUGGGGAACAUGUGCAUUUCUGUCUGGAAGCUUCUCUCAUUUCACUAUUAUUUUCUGAACAGAACUGUGAAGAUUUUUGUUAACGUUAUUGUGCUGUUAUCUCUCACUUUUGUUUCCUUUCUUCUCUCCAUCCUUUCUUUUUUUCCCCCGAUUCUUUUCUUUUCAUAAUUGCCUUUUUGUUCAAGAAUAUGCUUAGCAAUAAAAUGUUCUUCCCAAAG